AUGGCGCACAGAGCCAUGGGUAGGCUACUAAGUGGCCAGCGCAUGCUUGGCUCGCUGCGCCAUUCCGUCUCCUUGACCCAGACUCGCGCUAUGGGCUCGACGAGAAAAGUCCUGCCUUUUAAGCCAACACAGGUUGAGGAACUGGACCAGGCCCUGCAUCGAUUCCGAGAAGAACUCUUUAUUCCCUUCAGUCUCCCCGGCCCCCAGCGAAAGACCAUGUUCAAGCAAAGCAACGCCCAACGGUUGCUAGACGAGCCAAUAACGGUGGAAAUCAACGAGAAUGAGCAGUACACCCUAAAACCAUUGAACAAGGGCCAGAUGCCGAAGCGGAAGGACGCAGUCAAAGUGCUGGACCUGAUGGAGAAGAACAACACCUGGGAAAACCUGUUCCCUUUCACCGUUGGCCUCGAAAGAGCGAACCGGAACUUCAAGCCCGAUCAAUGGGUGCGGAUCAUUGCCGCACUCGGCAAACAUGACAAGCUUCACCUUGCCAUCUCGUGUGCCCGGUAUGCCAAGCGCACCGGUCUGCGCCUCAACGAUAUGGAUGUCGUCCGGCGUCUAUUCUUCGAGAUCCAUUGUACCGCGCAGAUGGCCGAUUUUGAGGACAAGAAAACUACGAAUGCGCUCUCUCUGGCACAUCAGGCCAUUAAUCUCAUGGAGCAGAACCCAGAACACGCAGUGAAAGAUGCGUUGCGGGACCCGAAACGCCAGCCUUUUGUAAUCGCUUCGCUGUUGGAGCUAACUGCGUCCCGUGCUAUGCUUGACUUGAAUGCCGUCGGAGGGAACGAGCAGGUCCUAAUGUACGCCCGGAGGCUUCUGGCGUGCUGGCCCCUGGGGAAGUUCACAUUUGACCCCGAACACCAGGAUCCCCAGUCCAUUGACGCCCGGCUGAUGGAGGAGAUUAUUGUCUGGAACGCACUCAAUAUGGCAAUCAAAGUCCCCGGUGUGGCACCGGCUAAGGAUGUCUAUGCCCAGUUGAAGCAACGGAAACAGGACAUUGAGGCCUUGAUCAAGAAGCGUCUCGGAUCCCUGUCUAGGGAAGAAGCGGAGAAGAAAUCGCUCGCUGGAUACCGUCAGGCUGUUGUGUUGUUCAAGGAUUCCCUUCCUAAGCCCAAGGCUCCCAAGGAAACAUCCACCCAGCCCGAGGCUGGAAAGGUUGAGACUCCUAAGGCUGAGGCUAGCGACUCAUGA